AUGAGAGUAUUAAAUCUUUUUUCUAAUCAAAACAAAGAUUUAAAAAACAAUAUUUUAAAUGAUGAAACUAUUAAAAAUAGUAAAGUCCCAGAGGAGGUAAUUGAUGCAGCAGUUCAUUAUUUAGUCAAUGGCCCAAUACAUGCAAAUGCUUUGGUUUUACGUUGGGAUGAAGAUGGUAUUAGAGAAAGGGUAAAACAAUCUGAUAGUGCUAGAGUAGACCACGAUACAGUCAAAUCAUCGAUAAAAGAAUUUAUUGAAAAGAAUGACAACAAAGGCAAUAAGAUUCAUGGAUCUGGUGACUUAUACUCUUUUGACUCCCACAGACAAUUGAUGGAUUGCUUACUUCACUUAAAGAAACGUUUUAAUUGGAUUUGCUUCUCUGACCAUGCCGACAAUUCUCCAAGAUAUCCAGUUGUCCACAUCUAUGGCUUGAUGAAAAUCGAUGGUGGUCAUGUUGAAUCAUCUGAUAUGACCGAUUUUAAUUAUUUCUAA